AUGGAUAACAAGCCCAAUGUCUUCAGGAGGGAGUUGGUGGAUGUUCACGGUGUUCCUCUCUUCUGGAGCAUGGCUGAAGAGUGGUCCCAGGUAGAGUCAUUUGAGGCCCGAUCAGAUGACCUUCUAAUUUCCACGUAUCCCAAAUCUGGAACAACUUGGGUCAGUGAAAUACUAGAUUUGAUCUAUAACAACGGAGAUGUUGAGAAAUGUAAACGAGAUGCAAUAUAUAACCGAGUACCAUUCAUGGAACUGAUAAUCCCUGGCAUCAUCAAUGGCACUGAGCAGCUGAAAAAUAUGCAGUCUCCUCGAUUGGUAAAAACACAUCUACCUGUUCAACUUCUCCCUUCUUCAUUCUGGAAGAAUGACUGCAAGAUGAUCUAUGUGGCACGAAAUGCCAAAGAUGUGGCUGUCUCUUACUAUUAUUUCUACCAAAUGGCAAAAAUGCAUCCAGAGCCUGGUACCUGGGAGGAGUUCCUGGACAAAUUCAUGGAUGGGAAAGUGAGUUUUGGCUCCUGGUAUGAUCAUGUGAAGGGCUGGUGGGAGAAGAAGAAAGAUUAUCGUAUACUUUACCUAUUUUAUGAAGACAUGAAAGAGGAUCCAAAGUGCAGUCUUCAUAAGUUGUUACAGUUCCUAGAAAAAGACCUGCCAGAAGAAACAGUGGAUAAAAUUCUCUAUCAUAGCUCAUUCAAUGUGAUGAAAAAGAACCCAAGUGCAAAUUAUACCACUAUGAAUACAGCUGAAAUGGACCAUUCUGUGUCACCUUUCAUGCGAAAGGGUAUUUCAGGAGACUGGAAGAAUCAGUUCACUGUGGCCCAGUAUGAGAAAUUUGAAGAAGAUUAUGCAAAGAAAAUGAAAGGAUCUACACUACAGUUUCGAUCAGAAAUCUAA